GCCUCUUUGCUUCUCCCCCAGAGGAGCUGGAGGCUGGGGAAUUCCUGAAGAUGGGUUCCUGGGGCCCCAGCUCCCUGCAGAAGUGUCAGGAAUACCAGGGAUCAACUGUAUCUUGGUCACUUAAGCCUCACCAAAUAGCCUUCCCGAGGAAGAGACCUUUCAGCUCUUAGGCUUGGGCACCAGCCCAGAAGGAGAAACUGAGGCAAGCUUCCCCUCCCAAGAGGGUCAUUGCAGCAUGAGACCCAAGGGAGCCCUGUUGGCAGCUCCUGUCCAGCCUACUGUUCCUGGGUGCUAAUUCCCAGCACCGACCACUCAGAAGAGGGGAUUGGCUGUGGAGCUUGAGAAGGGGGCGUUGCCACUACCUAGCCAAGGGUUAAAUAAGGGCUCAGGGAAAAUUCUCCGGAGAAGCGCGCUUUCGCGGGUUCCCCCAGCCAGACCAUGACCCAAACCCUCAAGCUCGCUUCCAGAGUGUUCCAUCGCGUCUGCUGUGCUCCUGAGCUGGGUUCCAGAGGCUCCGACUCAGCGCCUCGGGGAUUGGCCGACCUCCCAGGCCCCUCCACGCCUGGUUUCCUUGCCGAACUUUUCUGCAAGGGGGGUCUGUCACGGCUACACGAGCUACAGGUGCAGGGUGCCGCGCGCUUCGGCCCAGUGUGGUUGGCCAGUUUCGGGAAGGUGCGCACGGUAUACGUGGCGGCCCCUACGCUCGUCGAGCAGCUGCUACGACAGGAGGGACCCUUGCCCGAGCGCUGCAGCUUCUCACCCUGGACGGAGCACCGUCGCCGACGCCAGCGGUCUUGCGGACUGCUCACCGCGGAAGGUGAAGAAUGGCAGAGGCUCCGCAGUCUCCUGGCCCCGUUGCUCCUCCGGCCUCAAGCGGCAGCCCGCUAUGCCGGGACCCUGCAUGAUGUGGUCCAGGACCUUGUACGGCGACUGCGGAGCCAGCGGGGACUGGGCGCUGGGCCUCCCGCCCUGGUUCGGGACGUGGCAGGAGAGUUUUAUAAGUUUGGACUAGAAGGCAUUGCGGCGGUGCUGUUGGGUUCCCGCCUGGGCUGCCUGGAACCCGAAGUGCCGCCAGACACAGAGACUUUCAUCCGCGCGGUGGGAUCGGUGUUUGUGUCCACGCUCCUGACCAUGGCGAUGCCCAGCUGGCUGCACCGCCUCGUGCCGGGACCCUGGGCCCGCCUCUGCCGCGACUGGGACCAGAUGUUUGCAUUUGCCCAGGAGCACGUGGAGCGGCGAGAGGCCGAGGCUGCCAUGAAGAGCCAGGGAAAACCUGAGGAGGACUUGGGAUCUGGGGCGCACCUGACCUACUUCCUCUUCCGGGAAGAGCUGCCUGCCCCAUCCAUCCUGGGGAAUGUGACAGAGUUGCUACUGGCUGGAGUGGACACGGUGUCCAACACGCUCUCCUGGGCUCUCUAUGAACUCUCUCGGCACCCUGAAGUCCAGAUGGCACUCCACUCUGAGAUCAAAACUGCUUUGGGCCCCAGCUCCAGUGCCCACCCAUCAGCCACUGUUCUAUCCCAGCUGCCCCUGCUUAAGGCAGUGGUCAAGGAAGUGCUAAGACUGUACCCUGUGGUACCUGGAAACUCCCGUGUGCCAGACAAAGACAUUUGUGUGGGUGACUACAUUAUCCCCAAAAAUACACUGGUCACUCUGUGUCACUAUGCCACUUCAAGGGACCCCGCCCAGUUCCCAGAGCCAAAUUCUUUUCGUCCAGCUCGCUGGCUGGGGGAAUGUCCAGCCCCCCACCCAUUUGCAUCUCUCCCCUUUGGCUUUGGCAAGCGCAGCUGCAUGGGGAGACGCCUGGCAGAGCUUGAGCUGCAAAUGGCUUUGGCCCAGAUCUUGAUCCACUUUGAGGUGCAGCCUGAGCCAGGUUCUGCCCCAAUCAGACCCAUGACCCGGACUGUUCUGGUACCUGAGAGAAGCAUCAAUCUACAGUUUGUGGACAGAUAGUCCUGUGGAAGGAGGCUGUCAUCAUCACCAUUUCUCUCAUCAUAGGGGUUUAUUAGGCAUAAGACCAAGGGAUGUAUAUUCCCUGAGGCCCAGCUCUCUGUCCAAACGGGUUGGAAUGACCAUAACAAAGUACUUGAGGCAGCCCUGACCAAGGAGUGAAGAAUGCACUUGGCCUGACCCAGCAGGCCCUGAGAAAACCAUGGUCCAUUUGCCUGUUUAGCCCUUCUGGUUAUAUCGUAUGCAUCCUUCAAGGGCCAACUCAGUAUAUUUUUUUUUUGUCUUUUUGCUAUUUCUUUGGGCCGCUCCCAGGCUAGGGGUCGAAUCGGAGCUGUAGCCACUGGCCUACGCCAGAGCCACAGCAACGCGGGAUCCGAGCCGUGUCUGCAACCUACACUACAGCUCACGGCAACGCUGGAUCGUCAACCCACUGAGCAAGGGCAGGGACCGAACCCGCAACCUCAUGGUUCCUAGUCGGAUUCGCUAACCACUGCGCCACGACGGGAACUCCCCCAACUCAGAUUUUAGCUAAUAAUCAUGGGUGGUUGAGGAAGAAUUCAACUACUGACCUUUUGGGGCUUCACAGUGUUCACUGGCUGGUGCUGCUGGCUAAACAGUUAUCACAGCAUGAGCUAAGUAAUUGUAACUUCUGAUCUGCACUUGGUUGAUCCUCUCUCCUUGCAUGUGACUUCUUUGAGAGGAAGGAUGGGGACUUAUUAUCACUUUUUUUUUGUAUUUUUUUUUCUUUUUUGCCACACAGGCAGUAUGUGGAAGUUCCUGGGCCAGAGAUCAAACUUAGGCCACGCAGCAGCAACCAGAGCCACAGUGGUGAGAACGCAGGAGCCUCAACCCAUUAGACCCUCAAAGAACCACCCCGUUGUCUUUAUAUCCCUUGCCAGGGCCUACCCUCAACUGGGUGACACCAUACAGAUUUUCUCGUUGUAUCUGGACCAUGUGGCAGAAGGGAUAGGCAGCUACCAGGCGCUGCCUUUUCCUCAUCUUGCCCAUAGGAAAGUGAGUCUACUCUCACCUGUUUAUGACUUUUUACAAAAUACAAAAUGCUCCUUGGCUAUCUGGUCACUAUUAGGUUGGCCUGCCCUACCACUUAGGUAUCAGGCAGAGAUAUCUUUGGGGCUGUCCCUGCCCAAUCCUUUUAUAUAUUGAAAUAUUUUAUUUUAUUUUAUUUUGCCUUUCAGGGCUGCA